CCGACUUCCUUGCAGGCUUCGCAGCCGGGCGGAAGCGCUCCCCUGCAAAACCGAGGGGCGGAGACUCGUCCGGCGGGGAGGGUGAAGAUGGCGCAGGCCGGGAUUUGGAGUACCUCCUGAAUGUGUGACAAUAUUUCUACGACUUGGUUCUUCCUCUUUUAUGGACUCAAGAUUUCUGAAUGUUGUCAGAAUGCAUGAGGCCAUGGCAGAUGACAAUACACAAUCUUUCCUACGGAAGAAGCGUGGCCCGUACAUUUCUUCAAUAACCAGCCGCAGCCUGAACUUGGUGAUCCGUGGAAUAGUCCUGUUUUUAAUUGGUGUCUUUCUUGCAUUAGUAUUAAACUUGCUGCAGAUUCAGAGAAACGUCACUUUGUUUCCACCGGAUGUGAUCACAAGUAUCUUUUCUUCAGCUUGGUGGGUACCACUUGGCUGUGGAACAGCAUCAGCUGUGAUUGGGUUAUUAUACCCCUGCAUUGACAGACAUUUAGGCGAGCCACAUAAAUUUAAGCGGGAAUGGUCCAGUGUGAUGCGAUGUGUAGCAGUCUUUGUUGGUAUAAAUCAUGCCAGUGCUAAAGUGGAUUUUGCCAACAACAUCCAGUUAUCUCUGACACUAGCAGCACUUUCGAUUGGAUUGUGGUGGACAUUCGAUAGGUCUCGGAGUGGCUUUGGCCUAGGUAUAGGAAUUGCAUUUUUGGCCACACUGGUGACUCAACUUCUGGUCUACAAUGGAGUUUAUCAGUACACUUCACCUGACUUUCUUUAUGUUCGUUCUUGGUUACCAUGUAUAUUUUUUGCUGGUGGAAUAACGAUGGGGAACAUUGGCCGGCAGCUGGCAAUGUAUGAAUGCAAAGUCGUUGCAGAAAAGUAUCAUCAGGACUGAAGAGAAUGAAACAUGGCUUUGCACUAGACUACAAAUAGACUGUUGGAAGAGAAUACACUAAGGAGCAUUUGACACGAAAAUUGCCAAAUAGCCAUUUUCUUCUGGUUUCUUCUGCUUUCACCUCUCUGGCCUCCAAGCCUGAUCCAUUCAUACAAGGCACCAUUUACUCCAAUAGUGAUUGCUUCACCUGUAGCUCACUUGAAAAUUCUGUACUUGGAAUUGAUUGUGUAGAAUUUGGGUUUGAAUGCAACAUGUUGAACAAGAUGGUGGUUUUUAUAGCUAGGCGACUUUUCUUUCUCCUGGGUUUGGCUAAUGUCAUCCUCUUCUCUCUCUUUUUCAUAAUGUUCCAGUGCCAAACCAAACUUUUUUCUUCUCUGCAGGCUCCAUUCCAUCUUGAGGAAUGUGCUGGUCUUAGAGGAGAGGUUACUUUUUAAAUUAUUUUUCAGGACUGUGAUAUAGAGGUGAUUAGAAAAGGCAUUGAUAAAAUUAAAUCAGGAAAAUAAUCCCAAAUGAUGUCAUCAGUAAUUGAAAAUAUCCAUCCUCAGGUCAUCCUCAUAUCAGGUGCAUUGACCGGUAGCCAACAUGAGGUGCUCGUUCUGUGUGCUUUGCACUUAAGAUGCAUGACAAAUCUGCACUUACGUCAUCAAUACCUGUAACGUGUGUAGGAGUAUUGCCCCUUCGCAGAUGGACAAAUGCAGCAGGAAAUGCAAGCAUGCUCCAAAGGAAGUGAUUGUUGCUGAGGUUACCCAGAAACAAACCCUUUUGCAGGCUGCAGCUUUUGCUCUGCAGAUGGGAAAAUCCCAAACUUCCUUAACUGCUUUGAAAUAUUCCUUGGUGUAAUUUUUCCAAUUUUCGCCCGUAAGUAUGUGCUUUCAUGCAUUUUGUUCACAGAAGCGUUGUCUGAUAUGACCUGUUCUUGUGCAGACCUAAUUACAGAAAUAGAUGGGAGUGUUCCUGUGCAGAAUUGCCACACGUGACAAUGGGACUGUGAGAGGAGCCUGAUGACUUGGGAUCAUCUCAUGCUGUUGGCUUGCUAUGCUUUUAUGUCAGCAGACAUUUGAGGAUGAAGGGUGGGGAGAAUAUGCCUUAUCACAGAUGGAGCCCAAGGGAUGUUGAUCUAAAUGGAAACUUAAGUUGAAUCUCCUCUGGACUUGGCCAAUUUCAUUACUUCUGUUUGUCAUAUGCCGUUUUAGGCUGCAUGCUGCUGCUUUUUUAGAAGUAACUUUCUCGUUUUAAAGAAAUGUCUGAAAAGUUUUAGGAAAAACAUGCCGCAAGCCCCUUGAAAAGGCUGAAGUUGAUCCAGAGAACAGAUCUGAUUAGAAAGAGCAUUUAUUUUUCUUAAUGUGUACAUUAUGCUCAUCAACAUGUGAAACAGGCACAUGAAGCAGCAUUUUUAUAGCUUACAAUCUAAUAUAUGAAGAAUAUGCAAUGUAAGUCUAGAAGAAAAUGUUUGAAGGAAAACGUGCAAUCAGUAUAACUUUUUUUAAAAAAGCAAAUAAUAUGCAACGUAUCAGUAGCUCCAGCUUUCCACUGGCACCUGCAGUUUCAUUUCACCAGGCAGCAGCUCCUCCAUGUGGCUGUGAGGUUUCAAGAAUUAAUAAUUGAAAGCGCUUAAGUGUUAGUGCAUGUCUUCAUUGCCCCUCCCUCUAAGUUAUAGCACUUAUGUAUGUAUCUGAUUUAAUUUUAAGUGGUAUGAAUGAUGCUUGGAAUUAUGGAGAUUCUUUAACAUGAAAUACCACACACUUGACAUUUUAGGCUCAGUGGAAUUUGCAGCUAUCCAGCGAUUUUGCUGAUAAAUAUUUAUACAUGUGACUCACACUUUUUAAGUGGCGUUCUGAGCUUGUUAAGUUUUGGCACAAGAUCAACCUGAAGGCUUAAAAUCUGAAGUUCUUGUCUCUCGUAAAGACGUUUGUGAUUAAAUCAGUACUACUGUGGGCAAUAAAUGAGUGAAGAGUAUGGGUUUUGAGGGAGCUGUACCUGAACUCUGUGACUUACCAUUUUCUUUCUGCUAUUUAUGUUCUCUCAGCUCUGUCCAUUUAUGUAUAGAGCGUGGAAUAAAUUGGAGGAGAUGUUGGUUGUACUGAAAGGAGAUAAUCUUCUGCAAUGCAGUAUUUCCAGUCUUGCUUGUGGGAGUAAGCUGCCUUCGAGUGAAGUACGAUUCUGGUUUGCCACAGAUUUUUCAUGAAUAUGAGUGAAAUGAUUGAAGAUAACUAGAAAUUGUAUGGGACCUCACAGACUGGUGGUACAAUUAUGGGUCACUGUGUUAGCAGAAGAUUAUGAGUACCAUCUGUAUUUUCUAUUGAAAAAUGUGUUCAGUAGAACAACUUUAUCUUAUGUGCUUUUGCGUGACAUGCUCUUUCCACCUAUCUUUGUGCAAGGGACUCUUCCAACUUGCUGAAGAAAUCCCAGGUAGUGUUACUAUACUGUGAAAAACUUAAAUGCAUGAAGACAAGACUCAGACUUUACAGAUUAACUUGGAGGACAAAGUGCUACUUUUACUAAGAAGUCACUUGUCCGCCAACUUUGUGAGUUGUCCUUGCUAUACAUCAGUAAUAACACAUGGUCAGAUAGAAAAUCUCAUUGUGAGAAAUAUGUUACUUCGCCAGCUUUUGCAGUUGAUGUCAGUUCAACUUGUCUUCUCAAUUAUUUUGGUGAGCUGCUCUGUUUGAAUAAGUUCUUGAAAACAUCUCAUGAAGAUUUUGUGAAACAGCCAGUCCAUACUAGAAUCUUGACUGGAGUGAUCUGUAAUGGGAAUGCUGGAAUAGCCUUAAUUAUAGUGGUGGAAAGAUACAGCUACAAUAUAAUGUGUAAUUAUAAUAUUAGACUGUCUUCAAAAUGUUCUAUAGAGAAUGAAUACGGUAUAUUUUGGAUACAACUUUAUAAGCACUAUAAAUUCUUCACUAGUUGUGAACUGCAAAGGUGGUUGAUGUUUACUUCAAAUUGCUGUUAAAAGCAAUAUGUGUAUUAAAAUAAUUACAGUUUUGUUGGACAGGUUUCUUUUUUAUUGCCCAUGUAGCAAUACUUCAUAACUGUAUCCCAGCAAUUAUUUUCCAACAAUAAAAUUAAAACCUUGGCUGUU